GGGUCGGAGCUGUGACGAUGCGGCCGCCGGUGGUGGCUGCCGUGUGCGCGGUGCUCGCGGCCGCCGUGCUGCCGGGGCCGGCCGGCGGCUCGGCGCCGGACCUGCCGCAGACAGUGGUGCGGGUACACACGGUGGGCCGGGCCGUGGACCACCUGGGACGCAGCCUCACCGACCUGCGGCCCGGCCAGCGGCGCGUCUCGCUCGGCGUCGUGUUCGAUUCGACCGGCUCGAUGUACGACGACCUGCGCCAGCUGAUCCGCGGAGUGGAGGAGGUGCUGCAGCUGGCGCUGAAAUCCGAGACGCACAUCAUCGACAACUUCAUACUGGUGCCCUUCCACGACCCAGUGAUCGGGCCGGCGGUGGUGACCGACGACUACCACCAGUUCCACAACAGCCUGAAGAUGCUGGACUUCCGGGACGGCGGCGACUGCCCGGAAAUGGCUCUCACAGGUCUGAAGCUGGCACUGGAGGAGGCGCUGCCGGGAUCGCACAUCUACGUCUUCACCGACGCCAGCGCCAAGGACCACCACAUGCUGGAGGAGAUCAUUUCGCUCAUCAGCGACAAGGAGCCGCACAUCGUGUUUGUGCUGACCGGCGACUGUUCGGACCCGGACGGUCCCGGUCAGACCGUCUUCAAACGGAUCGCCGCCAUCACAGCCGGCCACGUGUUCCACCUGAAGAAGGACAGCGUCCAGCAGGUGCUGCAGUUCGUGCGCGAGUCGCUCCGACCCAUGAAGGUCAACCUGGCCGCGGUGGACCACUCUCCCCCGCAGCUAACCAGUACCGAUGGGGACGACAGAGGCGCAGAGUCGGACCGCGCCCCGCCUCCCUCUGUCAACAUUCACGUGGACCAGAGUCUGGACGAGUUCACGGUCUCCGUGUCGGGCAACCGUCCGGAGGUGACCAUCCACAAUGAUGAGAACCAGACGAGUGUCACCGGUGACCUGAUCCUCGACCUGCCAAAGGUCAAGGUCGUCAACAUCAAGAAUCCCCGGCCAGGUCGGUACCGCGUCUCCGUGGACACAGAGGACUCGGCCUUCAGUCUGCGGGCCACCGCCAUCAGCGGCGUGACGUUCGACUUUGGCUUCACCCAGCAGCCGGAGGCCGGCCUGGAGGACGCCCUGGAUAGACCGGCAGAUGACGAGCUGAACUACCUGCUGGUGCGGCCGGUGAACGCCAGCGGGCCGCUGCGGCUGCGGCACGCCGAGCUGGUCUCACUGGAGGGCGCCGUGCUGCGGACCGUGCUGCUGGGGCCGCCCGACGGCCAGGGCGUGCAGCGCGGCGGCCCGCUGCGGCCGCCCCGCCAGCAGCUCUUCAGGGUUAAGGUGCACGGUACGGACAGCAGCGGAGCCCCUGUGCAGCGGGAAACAUCGGCCGUCUCGGCAGUCAGCAUCGGUAAGCCCGUGCUGGAGGCUCAGCCGGAGGUCAUUGGUCACCUGGGGGCCAACGUGUCCAUCCCGUGCCGGGUACGAUCGUACCUGCCGAUGAGGGCCGGGUGGCACUUCGAGUACCAGCCGUUCAGUGCCUUUACAAACUACAGCCAGUCGUCUCAGUCUCGGGUGCUGAACCUGCAGAUGUCCAACGUGACCGAGGCCGACGCCGGCACCUACAUCUGCCUGGCCAGCAACGCGCUGGGGAAGGCCUCCCAGUAUGUGCGCCUCAAGGUGCUAGCGCCGCCCCCAGUGGUGGAGACUCCCCGCAACGUGACCGUGCUGGAUGGUCAUCCGGUCUACCUGAGGUGUGACGUCACAUCAGACACGCCAUACAACGUCACCUGGAGGCGCGCAGAGUGGCUGUACGGCAAGAAGCCCAUCAGUCGUCCGGGCACCACCGACUACCUGCACAUCCCGGCGGCCACCAUCAACCACGGCGGGCGAUACCAGUGCACCGCCGCCAACGCAGGCGGCGAGGUGACCUCGGAGACGAUUCUGUCGGUGCACGCGCCCCCUAAGGUGUCUGUGCGCACGCCGGGUCGGGUGUUCCUACCCCGCCAGCAGGUGGUGAUCACGUGCCAGGCGUACGGCCAGCCCCACCCCGACAUCGUGUGGACGCGCGGCUACGACGACGUCGUCAUUGACUCUGUAUCGGAAGACGGGCGCGUGCAGGCCGACCGCAGCAUCCUCCGGAUAGACAACGCCCGUCAGAGCGACGAGGGAGUAUACACGUGUACCGGGACCAACGAGUACGGACGCGCCACCCAGAGUUUGUACAUCCAGUACGCGGAGCCUCCUCGGGUAUCCGUUCCCGACAAGCCCUUCGUCGCCUCCAUAGGAGCCUCGGUGACGCUGCAUUGUGACGUCACCGGCCUCCCCGACCCGACCGUCACCUGGCUCAGGUCAUCGGUCCCUCUGCAGUCCUCCGGACUCGUCAAGGUGGCCGGCGGCCGGCUGCACCUGCUCGCCGUCAAAGGCUCCGACGCUGGCACCUACACAUGUGCUGCCGAGAACGACUAUGGCCGGGACACGGCACCGGUCACCCUGAACAUCGGGUCGGCGCCGGUCAUCAUCGUGCGGGACUACGACGUGCCGAUAGCGUACGGUGGCUCGACCACCCUGCCCUGUGUGGCCGUGGGCAGCCCGGAGCCCACCGUUCGCUGGAGCCGGCCCGGGCAGCGGCUAACCGAUGUCACCGACGCCGGCACUCUCAACAUUGACUACGCCACAAUGGAUGACGCCGGUCCGUACACGUGUACGGCGACCAACGAGUACGGAACCGACACCGUCACCGUCAACGUCACCGUGCGCGGAGCCGUGCCUCCGGUGCUCAGUGACGUCCCUGCCGGGCUCUCCGUCGAGCUGGGCUCGCCUCUCUCCCUGCCCUGCGCCGUGCUCUCGGCCCUCCCGCCGCCCACUCUGCGCUGGCACCACGACGGCCUGCCGGUGGUCGAGGGCGGCGGCCGCUGGCUGCGGGCCGACGGGACACUGCGGAUCACCGCCGCCCGUCGACGGGACGCCGGGGAGUACACGUGCACGGCAGAGAACGCCGCCGGAACGACCAGCGUGACCACCAGGGUCAGCGUGCACUACGCUCCCGAUAUCGAGGACUCUGACGAGAAGCCUCUGGAGGUUCCCGAGAACAGCACCGUGUUCCUGGCCUGUGACGUCACCGCUGACCCGGUGCCGCGGGUCAUCUGGGUCAAACACGGCCAGCUGGAGAUACCGCUGGAUGGAAGACUGUGGGUGCACCCGAACAACACGCUGCAGAUCUCUGCGGUGACCGAGGAUGACGCCGGCGUCUACUCGUGUCACGUCAACAACACGCGCGGCGCCGCGUCGGCGCGCCGGCCGCUGCUCGUGCACGCGCCGCCGCGCAUUGUCGGCAUCGAGGCGGACGUGGUGGCGUCGGACGGACGUCCCUCUCCCUCUCCUCCGUACGGAGUGGAGGACACUCCGACCAGGGAGCCCAGACUGGAGAGGAGGGAACUGGCCACCGAUCGGGGACAGGUGGUGCUCGAGGACGGUGAGCCUUCUUUGACGGUGACCGAGGGGGACGAGGUGACCGUUCUCUGUGACCUGCGCCCCGAUGACGUGGCCCGCGUGACCUGGGAGAGGUCGGGAGGCGCGCCAGCCAGCGGCACUCAGCUGGACAACGGCGGCAUCAGGUUUACCGCCUCGGAGCAGAGCCAAGGAACGUACCAAUGCAAGGCCAGCAACGAAUUUGGCACCGCUGCCGCGCCACUGAAGCUCAAUGUCAAACACGCGCCAAAGUCGUCUCGUCGGACGUACGAUGUGAACGCCACCCUGGGUGACGACCUGACCCUGAGCUGCGUGGUACGCGGUCGGCCCAAACCGGCCAUCACCUGGCUCCGUCUCGGACGGAGGAUUCGCGGCGGCGGAACAAAGUACAGUCGCGGUGAGGACGACUCGCUCACCAUCCACAACGUGCAGCACUCGGACGCCGGCCUGUACAAGUGCCGGGCCAACAACGCCAUCGGCUCGCUGACCAAGCUCACCAACGUCACCGUAUUGGAGCCACCGGUGGUUACUUCCGACCUCGACCGGAAGCUGGCGGUGCGGACGGGCGAGCCGCUGCGUCUGAAGGUUCAGAUCACCGGCGCCCCUCGGCCGGACCUGCUCUGGACCAAAGACGGCGUCCCACUGCCGCCGGAAUCCGGAGCGAUACAGGAGGAGUCGGGCGACCUUCUGAUUCCGAACGCCUCGCCCUCUGACGCCGGCAAGUACGCCCUGCACGCCACCAGUCCGGCGGGAAAGGCCGUAUACGACUUCAAGGUGGACGUCAUCAGUGUGACGGUGAACGACGCCGGCGUCUCUGACAGACAGGUCAUCGACGGAGAGACGUUUGAGAUGGACUGCCCCAUCUCCGGAGACGUCAGAGACAUCAAGUGGUUCAAGAACGGGGAGCGAAUCGCCGACCCGCUGGUCCGUACUCGCUCGGACCAGACACACGUGGUGAUUGGGGAGGGAGGACGCGUCCUCCGCAUACCAGAGGUCACCGCCGAGGACUCCGCCGAAUACACGUGUGUGGCCGACACGGCGGCGGGCGGCGUGCGCGGCAGUGCCGAACUGGAGGUGCUCGUGCCGCCCCGCUUCGCCGACCCCUUCUUCGAGCCCAAGCAGAAGAUCCUAGACGAGCAGGAGCAGCUGAGUCUCAACUGUCAGGUCAACGGACACCCGACGCCGCAGGUGCGGUGGUUCCUGGACGGCGAGCCGAUCUCGCCUGACUCCAUCCGGGGGAUGAUCGUGUCCGCCGACGGAGAGAAACUCACCAUCUGGGGACGGCUCGAGACGGCCGGCACGUACACGUGUGAGGCGGUGAACAGCGCCGGUCGGAUCACCCGCCAGUUCCCCGUCCGAGUGGAGGUGGCGCCGCGGCCGGCCGGGCCCGACCCGCAGUACGUGACCGUCCACAGGGGCGACUCGGUGACCCUCAACUGCUCCGUGGUGGGUGCGCCGCGGCCCAGAUACGCCUGGAACAAGGACGAUCAGCAGGUGGUCAGUGUGACCUGGGCGGAGCCCGGCUUUGUGUACUACCCUCUGCUCGGCGACGACAAGGAGCGACUGUUCGUCGACUCGGCCCGACUUCGGGACGCCGGAGAGUUCAAGUGUGUCGGAAAGAACCGACUCGGCACAGCGAGUAGGAGGACCAUUCUCACCGUCAAUGGAGCGCCGGUGAUCCUGGUGACCAGCGAGGACGUCCAGCGACGCUCGGUCACGCCGGGAGAUCGGGUCACUCUCCGGUGCCCGGUACAGUCGUACCCACUGGCAACAGUCACCUGGACCAAAGACGGUGAGCUCCUGAAGACCAUCACACCCCCAGAGCGGCCCCCUGACCUCCCGGGCAGUCCGUUCGGCACUGCCACCGAGCUGCUCCUACCGGAGGCCACCCGUCGUCGUCGGCGGCGGCGGGACAUCGACGCCUCCAGUCUCUCCGACCUGUCGGCGGAGUCGGCGGUGUCGGAGCCGACGGACGGAGAAGACUGGUCGGAGCAGUUCAGUCCGGGCGACACGACGCUCACCGUGGACCCGGUGCGCGCGGCCGACGACGGCCUCUACACGUGCACGGCGUCCAACGAGCACGGCCGGGCGGCUGUGCAGGUGGUGCUGCACGUCACAGAGGCGCCGACAAUCCUGGAGAGCCCUGCCGAGCAUCGAGUCAACCAGCACGAGCCGACGACGCUGCAGUGCGAGACCACCGGCAUCCCGGCGCCCUUCGUCUUCUGGAGGAAGGACGGUGUGCCGAUCUCGGAGCUCUCCAUCCCCCACCUGUACGAGGCCGAGGACACGGCCGAGGUCACCAUCCAGAUGGCCUCGCCAGAGAUGGCCGGCACCUACACGUGUGUGGCCGAGAACUCAGCAGGAACAGCCACAAGGGACACGCAGCUCAGCGUUAUAGUUCCGCCGGAGAUCGUGUCGCCGGCCUCCCUGGAUGUGUCGGUGGUCGAGUCGGACGGUCAGACCCUGACCUGCCAGCUGACCAGGGACGACCCGGAGGCCCGCGUCACCUGGCUCCACGAGGGGGUUCCGCUGGACCGGACCGAGCUCCAGUACACACUCAGGGACGACAACCGGACGCUGCUGAUUUCGUCGAUAUCUCGGACUGACGCCGGCGACUUCACGUGUCUGGCCUCCAACACAGCGGGCCACAGCGAGCUCACCUACGACGUCCAGGUCCUCGUGCCUGUGUAUUUCGAGGAUGAGACGGAGGAGUACAGGGAGAAGAUUCAUCGUUCGCUGCUGAUCCGGUGCCCGGCCGUCGGAGUCCCAGCGCCAGACAUCACCUGGUACAAGGACGGUACCGCCGUGUCGGACCUCCCCGACUCUGGGAUGUCUGCCGCCGGCGUUCUGCUGAGGAUUGACCGGCUGAGACCGGACCACGCCGGCAGCUACACCUGCCGAGCGGCCAAUGUCGUGUCAGAGGACAGCCGCACCGUCACCGUCACCGUGCUCGAGCCGCCGGAGGUGUCGGAGCUGCCGGCGUCGCUGACGGUGGCCGCCGGCUCGCCGCUGGAACUGGUCUGCUCGGCCGCCGGCCGGCCGGCGCCGCGGCUCGCCUGGCAGCUGGAGGGCGCUCCGCUCACCACCGAUAUACCCGGAGAGGUGGUGGUGCCCAGCGCUGGGCCGCAGCACACCGGCCUCUACUCAUGCGUGGCCUGGAACGAGGUCGGCACCGACCGCCGCGAGGUGUACGUCUCCGUCAUCGCUCCGCCGGUAUUGGACGAGGCUGACCCGGCGCGGACGGCCGUGGAGCACGAACCGGUGGUGAUUCGGUGUCCGCUGGAGAGGGGUGACUCGGACACUCAGAUCGUCUGGAGCAGGGACGGCACGGAGCUGUGGUCCAACACCAGCUCGGUGUUCAUCACGGAGGACGAGCGGGCGCUGCUGCUGCCGGCCGUGCGGACGGAGGACGCCGGAGACUACUCGUGUCGAGCCGAGAACGCCCUGGGAGCCGCCACCCACCUGACUCAGCUGACCGUCCAGGUGCCGCCCAGACUGAAGGAAUACCCCGAGUACCUGACUGCGCGGCAGGGCGACAACGUUACCAUAGAGUGUGAGACGGAGGCCGGGGACCCGGCGCCAGAGCGUGUCUGGCGCAGGAACGGGGUGCUCGUCACGCCCGGAGGAAGUGUGGAGCUGCUGCCGUCGGGCGCCCUGCGUCUGCUGCGUGUCGGACCCACGGACGUGGCCAGCUACACGUGCCGCGUGUACAACCCGGCCGGCGAGGCGGUGCGGCGGGCUCUGCUGGACGUGCGCACGCCGCCCACGGCCGCCGUCCGGCCCUCCAAUGUGACGGUACUGGCCGGUGACCCGCUGCGCGUGCUGUGUGACGUCACCGGUCACCCGGAGCCCGACCGGGUGACUUGGCUGUUCACCAGCGGACAGCGCAGGGCCAGCUCCACGGACGCCGACUGGCCGUUCGCCGCCUACAUGGCCUCAGACAACCACAUCUACAAACAGAGAGCGGAUCCGUCGGACGCCGGCCAGCUGCGCUGCGUGGCCGCCAGCCCCGAGGGCCGCGCCGACGCCGUCGCCACCGUCGCCGUGCUGACGACGCCGACGUUCGUGGCCCCGUCGGCGGCGACAGAACUGACGGUCCGCGCCGGCGCGCCCGUGGAACUCGACUGCCGCGUCGAGGGACUCCCCACACCAAAGGUGCUAUGGCUGCGGGACGGUAUGGGCCUGCCGCUGCUGCCGGACGGCAGCGAUCAGACCCUCUCCCUCCCUCCCCUGGCCCCCACCGACGGAGGGAACUACAGCUGUAUCGCCGCCAGCGACGCCGGCCAGGCGGUGCGGCAGUUCGCUCUCACCGUACUCAGUGCCCCCAACAUCCGUCGUGUGAACGCCACUAUAGACGCCAAGCAGGGAACGCCCGUGGAAAUGGUCUGCUCUGUCGAGAGCACCGAUAAAUUCACCAUCGUCUGGGAAAAGGACGGCGCCGCGUUCUCUCCCUCCCUGGCGGAUCUCUACCACCUGACGGACGGCGGGCAGACGCUGCACAUUCUGCGGGCCCACCCGGAGCACGGUGGCAACUACAGCUGCCGGGCGACCAGCCGCGCCGGCGCCGACCAGCAAAACUUCUCCGUCAGCGUGCUCACUCCGGCGCGGGCGGAGCCGGGCGAUGGCGUCAAGAUGGCCCCCGACGGUACCUUCCCCCUGGAGGUGCCUGUCGACUCCGGUGUCAGACUGGAGUGCCGCAGGUCGGGGAACCCCGCGCCGGAGGCGGUCUGGACUAAGGACGGCCAGGUGGUGAAGACUGUGGCCGCGACCGACCCGGACUCUGCACUGCUGCUGGAGCCGGCCAAACUGGUAGACAGCGGCAGCUACUCGUGUCGAGUCAGCAACUCGCUCGGCUCUGACUCGGUGGACUACACCCUGGAGGUCUACUCGCUCCCGACGCUGCGCCGGGAGCUGGAGUACACGGUGAACGCCCGGCCGCGGGAGAACGUGACCCUGACCUGUGACGUCACCGGUCACCCGGCGCCCCAGGUCACCUGGUACAAGGACGGACAGAAGCUGGAGUCACAGCUGGCCAAGGUGGAGAUUGAGGGCUACUCGCUGCUGGUGCGGGACGUGGGGCCCUCGGACGCCGCCAACUACACCUGCUACGCCGUUAACAAGGCUGGUCUGCUCGUCGUGCCCCUGCAACUGCAGCUGUUCGAGCCGCCGCGCGUCUCGCUGCCGUCUCGCUCGGUGGGUGUCGAGGGUCGUGAUCUGCACCUGGAGUGUGCGGUGACCGGCCAGCCGGCGCCGUCCGUCCUCUGGUACCGCCUCGGCCAGGAGGUGGGCACUGAGGCGCGCAUCCACGCGCUCGGCAACCACCUGACCGUGCAGAGCGUGGGACCGUUCGACCGCGGCGAGUACGAGUGUUUCGCCAAGAACCGGGCCGGCACCGACCGCGCCACAGUCGACCUGCGCGUCAUCGAGGUGCCCCGUCUGGAGACAUUUGAGGACGAGGAGUCCAUAGUGACCAGCGUCGGAGAGGCCGUCGUCCUGCCCUGUCCCGUGGACACCGAACAUAUCGGAGAGUACCGUGUGGACUGGUUGCGGGACGGCGAGCCUCUAUCCGGCGCCGGCUACCUGGCCUCUAAUUUAGCCCUGGAGCUCACCUAUCCGCUGGACAGCGACGCCGGAGACAUAAUGUGCCGCGUCACCAACGAGGCCGGCUCCGUCAGCUACCUCUUCAGACUGGACGUGCUCUACGCUCCCCGUCUGACGAUUCCGGAGAGUGAGCUGCGGGAGCCGAUCCAGGUGGAGGAGGGCCAGCCUCUCUCCCUGACCUGCUACGUGGAGGGAAACCCGGAGCCGACCGUCAUCUGGUACAACCACUCGGAGCCGUUCAUAUCGGAGACGGAGCGCGUCACGUUCCCGUCUGCCCGCGAGCUGCUGCUGCAGUCGGUCCGUCCGGGCGGCGCCGACCAGCUGCAGUGCCGCGCGCAGAACGCCCUCGGCGCCGUCACCCAGACGUUCGCGCUGGACGUGCUCACGCAGCCGGGUGUGGCCGUGCCGCGACAGAGCAGUGUGGAGGCGGGCGCCACGGUCCGGCUGCCCUGCGCCGUCACCGGAAACCCGCCACCCACCCGGGUGUGGUACACGGCCGAGGACGCGCUCUCGCUGCCACCUGGCGGCGUGGUGGCCAACUACGCACACCUGGCUGAGACCGGGGAGCUGCUGGUCACGGCCGCCUCCCUGGACGACCUGGGCGUGUACACCUGCGUGGCCACUAACACGGUCGGAUCAACGAGAGGACGGUCCGCGCUCAGGGUGCUCGUGGCGCCGUCGGUGGAGGGCUCCUCUGACGAGCCGGAGUCGGUCCGCGGCCGGGAGGGCGAGUCGGUCAGCCUGCGGUGCCCGGUGUCCGGUCAUCCGCCGCCCACCAUCGCCUGGUACAAGGACGACGACGUGCUGCGUCAGCCGGACCUGCUGUCUGACGCCGGCCAGACGCUGACGCUGCGCCAGCUGGCGCCCGCUGACGCCGGCAGCUACGUCUGUGUGGCGGCCAACAGCGCCGGCACCGCCAGAAAACGGUUCAGCCUGCACGUCACCGGGACGCCGCUGACCCAGACGGAUACAGUCGAACUGGACGCGGACGUCAACACCACUGUAACACUGAGCUGCCGGUCGGCCGGGCCGGCCGACUUCAGUACCGUGUGGCUGAGGAGGGGGCGGCGAGUGGGAGGUGAUACAGAACUGAAGCUGGAGAAUGUGCAGAAGAAGGAUGGUGGUCGGUACCAGUGCAUAUCGUCCAGCCUGGCGCGAACCCGAGUCACCAAGUACAACAUUCGCAUCAAGGUGCCGCCUCGUCUGGUGGCGGACGUUCCGCCGGCCUCGUCGGUCCGACCCGAGGUGGGCUACCCUCUGCGGCUCACCUGUCCUAUAGAGGGCGCCGCGCCGCUGCGCUGGCUCAAAAACAUGCGGCCCAUCACUGAACGCGACGGCGUCAUAUUCGACGGAAGGCUCGGACUCAUUGUGCUCAGUGUGUCGGUGUCGGACUCUGGCCAGUACUCGUGCGAGGCGCAGAACAGCGCCGGCCAGGCGGUGCACAAGUUCGACGUGCAGGUGGUGGUCCCACCGCACUUCGAGUCGCCGGCGCCGGACCGCGUCACCGCCCGCGCCGGGGAGGACGUCACCCUGACGUGCGACGCCACCGGGCUGCCCGCGCCCAACGUCACCUGGUACAAGGGCGCCUCGGUGGUGUCUCGGAAGGCGCAGGUCCACCUCAGCCCCGUGGAUGUGUCCGCUGACGGCGUCUACACGUGCACGGCGGAGAACGAAGCGGGACGCGCGCGGCACGAGGUCGUGCUCGAUGUGCUCGAGCCCCCGGUGAUCUCCGGACCGCCCUCUGAGACGGUCCGGGUCGCGCUGGGCGGUAACGCCGUGCUGCCCUGCGUCACAAAGUCGCCGCUGCCCUCGGUGAGCUGGGAGAAGGCCGGCUCACCGGUGCGGCUCGGCUCGCCCCGGAUAAAGCUCACUUCUCACGGACUGCAGCUCACCCGGGCGCGGACCGACGACCGCGGCAAGUACCGCUGCCUGGUCAAAAACGACGCCGGACGCGCCGAGCGCUUCAUCAGGCUCGUCGUAUCCGCGCCUGCCCAGGUGGAGGAGCGGUCGCUGUACCUGGUGGUCGGCGAGCAGCUGGCUCUCGUCUGUCCCGAGUUUGACGUCUCCAGCGGCCCGACUGAGAGCACAGAGUGGUCCAUCGACGCCAAGGGCGCCAGGAAACUGGAGAAAGUUCUGGACAAGUCGCUGAAGGUUCCCCGGGUGCGUCCCAGCCACGAGGGCCGCUACCGCUGCCAGGCGACCUCCGAGACGGGAGAGGUCAAGGCCGUCGUCUGGAACGUGCACGUCAAGGACACCAUCGACCUGUACGUGGAGCCGUCCGGCGGCGCUGUGACGUCAUCUGAGGGCGAUCAGCUGACGCUGCGCUGCCAGACGGAGAGCGGCUCCGGGGUGCAGCUGGUCUGGUACAGGAACAACAGCCAGCUGGACCUCAGCGAGCGGCGCUACGCCAACUCAGCCGCCAAAACCAAGGGCUCGGUGGUGGUGAACAGUCUGGUGAUUGACGGCGUCACGGCGGCUGACGAGGGCCAGUACGUGUGCCGCGGACAGGCCGGCAAGGUGCAGCGGGAACAGGCCAUCAAAGUGCGCGUCACAACGCGGCCUUCCAUCAGCUCUCCGUCGCCGCCCGAGUCGACACUGCGCCCGGGCCAGGCGCUGCAUCUGCGCUGUGCCGCCAGCGGCCGGCCGCCGCCCGUACUGCGCUGGUUCCACGGACAGACCCUGCUGGAAGACGUCACCGAUGGACGGGUCACCGUCAGGGACGGCGAGCUCAGAGUGGAACCGUUCCAGCUCAGCGACGCCGGAGAGUAUAUGUGCGUGGCCAUCAACUCGAUCGGCAAGGCGGCCAAGAUGUUCAACGUCGCUGCGGAGAUGGCACCCAGGUUUACCAUCACACCCAAGGACCUGCUCGUCCCCACAAUGGGCAAUUUCACGGUGGAGUGCGCGGCCGAGGGCGCACCGCUCCCGCUCCUCUCCUGGCUGAGGGACGGCCGGCCGGUGGCGGCGCGCGCCCCUCAGCCGGGCCGCACCUCCUGGUCGGUCCACCUGGCCGGACCGGAGGACGGCGGUAUCUACACGUGCGAGGCCAGGAACGAGGUGGCCGUCCGGAGGGUCGGCGGAAACGUGACACUCUUCCAGAGACUCGGACCGCCGCGCCUGGCUCCGAUGCCGGACGAGGUUCGUCUCCGGGAGGGAGUGCGCGGUCAGCUGAGCUGCCGCUCUGACUCCGACUCCAAACCGGUCAUCCGGUGGCAGAAGAACGGCCAGGAGCUGACCGGCGAGGCGGCCGCCGCGGUGCACGACGGCGGCCAGCUGCUGGUGUUUUCGUCUCCGGCGGCGUCGGACGCCGGUCUGUACCGCUGCCUGGCCACCAACGCUGCCGGCACCUCGUCCCGCCGCGUCAAACUGGUGGUGGAGAGGCCGGCGCACAUCAUGGAGCGGCCACCGGCCACUGCAGCCGUGCCUGCGGGCUCGCCGCUGACGCUGCCCUGCACGGCCUCCGGCUGGCCGCGGCCGGUGAUUCUGUGGCAGCGCCAGGGCCGCGUCCUGUCCUCGACAGAGGAGCUCCAGCAGCUGGCUGACGGCAGUCUGAGAGUCGCCGCCGUGGAGCCCCGACUGGCCGGAACAUACACCUGUAUCGCCAAAAAUGUGAUCGGAACCGAUAUGGCCACCGUGGAGAUCGCCGUCGAGGAGCCAUCCACGCCGGUGGCGGCCAGCUGGUCUCCGUCCUCCCCGACUGUGCGGGUCCCGGCCGGCCGUGCGGCGCCGCUGUGCCGUCUCAGCGGGUACCAGCCGGACCACCACCUGGUCCGGGUGACCCACGAGGGCACCUCGCUGGCCACCGAGGGCCUGGCCGAGCCGGGCGGUCCGCCGGGCGAGCUGCAGCUCCGCCUGCCGGCAGUGGCUGAGAGACACGCCGGCCGCUACACGUGCACUUUGGUGGACCACCGGACCGGGGCCGUGCUCAAACAGGAGAUCGAGCUGCGCGUGGACAGCGGCUGGGGAGACUGGAGCGACUGCUCGGUGACAUGCGGCACUGGAGUGCGCUUCAGGUACAGGGACUGCGACAAGUUCACACCGUGCCGGCAGCCUAUGCCCUGUGUGCUGCCCGAGUGCGCGGUGCCCCUCCGCUCGGCUGUGGGUACGGUGAUGGGCGAGGUGAACUCCACACCGAUCGGCGACGGACGGGUGAACACGGUGGUGGUGGGGGACCUGGAGCGGGGCGAGCUGGAGAGUCUCAUCACCGGCGUCAACGGUAAACUGACCCCGGGCCUGGUGCCUCUACUGCCGCUGCUCACACCCGUCCCGUGGCUGGCGGCUCAGCGGUCUGACGGCGCCAACAACGGUCUGGACCUGUCGGCGGGCAUGUUCAGGAAACAGAGCGACGUCAUGUUCCCCACCGGUGAGAAGCUGAGCAUCACACACAUCGGCCUGGGCAUCGACAACAAGGGCCAGCUGACAUAUGACACCGAGAUCAAGGGUCAGCUGCCCGAGACGCCGCGGAUGGCCCCGGGCGCCAGCGUCGAGCCGGCGCACUUCAGAGGUGACCUCGUGCAGACCGGCGAGGGUGACCUGCACGCGCACUCGACCCAGUACUACCAGGCCGGCGCCGGACUGGUGCCGUUUGUCGUCAACGAGACAGUCACCUAUGAUGGAGCACGCGGACAGAUGAAAACGCUGGUGCAGAGUCUCGACAUCGAGAGCUCCGACCUGCACCAUGACGUCACCGAGAACCGCGUGACGUUCCGUGUGACGUCACUGUCGGCGCCCGGCGGCGACCAGUGCCCCGAGGGCUUCCUCGAGGUCCGACCCAGAAACGUCACCUUCUGCCAGGACGUGGACGAGUGCGCCGACUCUCCGUGCUCACACCAGUGCGUCAACAUCGUCUCCAGCUUCCGGUGCGAGUGUCCGCCCGGCUUUACGGUCCGGCACGACCGACGCACCUGCGCAGACGUGGACGAGUGCGCGUGGGGCAUGGCUCAGUGUCCUGCUGACACGCAGUGUGAGAACACGCCCGGCAGCUACCGGUGUGUGGAGAGCUGCGGCCCGGGCCUGCGCCAGGUGCCCGGCGCCGCCGGAUGCUUCGACAUUGACGAGUGCCGUAGCUCGCCCUCUCCCUGUGAGCAGCUGUGCCACAACACUCGCGGCAACUUCAGCUGCGACUGCUACCAGGGCUACCAGCUGGUCGACGGCGGACGAUGCGUCGAUAUUGACGAGUGUAACCAGAUGUUGGGCGCGUGCAGUCACUCGUGUAUCAACGUCCCGGGCAGCUAUCGGUGCACGUGUCCGCCGGGGCUGCGGCUGCUGCCCAACGGAAAGUGCACCGACAUUGACGAGUGCGCGGCCAAGAUGCACAACUGCCACUACGACGAACAGUGCGUCAACACAGUCGGCUCGUUCAAGUGCGUGCGGCCCUGCCAGCGCGGCUUCAAGCUGACCGGCACCGGCGAAUGUGUCGACAUUGACGAGUGCGCCAAGAUGAUCGACCGGUGUCACUUCACCCAGGAGUGUCGCAACCUGCAGGGCUCCUACCGGUGCAUCUGUCCGCCCGGUUUCCGCUCGGACGGACCCGGAUUCCCCUGCACAGAUAUAAACGAGUGUGACAUAGCGGGCACGUGCCAGCACAACUGUACCAAUCUGGACGGCGGGUUCAUCUGCUCCUGUCCGUCCGGCUACCGGCUCAACCCCAACAAACGCACCUGUGACGACAUCGACGAGUGUUCGGAGAACGGCGUGACGUGUGCCGCCGACCACACGUGCUUCAACAAGCGGGGCUCCUACAGCUGCGCCGACGUCAGCUGUCCGGCCGGCUACGUGCGAGACCCGGGCACCAGCCUGUGCCUGAAGCGGUGCCGGCAGCGCUCCGAGUGUAUCCCGGGCACCUGGUACUCAGGCUCACUGUCCCACAAGCUGCUGGCGCUGCCGGCCGGCGUCGGCGCCGGACAGGACGUGGUCGAACUGCGCGUCAGCGACCUCACCAACCCCGGACGGCACGUCCAGAGGACCUUCUUCAGCGCUCCCCGCCUGUGCCCACGUCUCUCCGUGUACCUGGUGCCUGUACGGCGGCGGAGGCGGGCAGCCGUCCUCACUGCGCCCCUCUACUGGUCCGGCCCGGCCGGCGGGCCCGCCGCGUCUCUGUACCACCCGGCGCCGGCAGCACUCACCCUGCCCCUGUUCCGCCCCGUCGCGGCGCCUCCCGCUGCCGGUGGACUGACCGCGCCCCCGCACCGUCCUCGGCCGGCCGGGCGCACCACGCCCCUCUAUAGACCGGGCCCUCGGCGCUCGGCUGAGCUCACGGCCCCAGCUCUGCCCGUGGAAGGGCAGCCGUGGUCGCGCUCUCCGUUAACUGCGCGGCCGUGGUCCGACAGGCUGGCGCAGCGCUCGGGAGGGGCGCCGUUCGGGGUGCGCCGGAAAAACGGCAGAGGGGUGCUGUACACAACCCGGCCGCUGCCGGCCGGAGCCGAGUACAGGCUGGAGAUCGACGGUUUCACCUACAGUCAGGAGGUGCGCGGCUGGCAGGAGACGUCCAAGUUCGUGGUAUCUGUGGCCGUCUCCAUGUACCCGUACUGAGGGACUGGGAGCCGCCCUGACGGGGCCGCGCCAGACGGCUCUGCUGUGGGAGCCCGCCGCAGCCCGGACCUCGAGUCGGGAGAUACACCACCGAGGGAUACUCGGCGGGAACGAUGUGCCAAAACGCGCUUCGAGCUUAUCUAAGUGCCUUUUAGAGUUUUUAGACGUGUAAGGUGAUUGUGAAAUGUGCUGCCACCUCGUGGUCAAUGGGAUCUGAAUAUGUGGAUAUUCGGAUGUCUUCUCUUGUCUUUUGACGAGUACUUAUUUAAGUGGGGUUUAUCGAUCGAGCAAGCAUAGCAGCUUCUGUGACGUGGUUUUCGCUGAAACUGUUCUCUUCAUACGUUUGUUAGCUAAAAGCUACUCAUAUUUGAUGUCAUUGCAUUAUAUAUUUGUAAAGUUU